AUGAGAAAUAUUUAUCCCAAAAUUCAGCCCAAAGAAUAUCCUGCCUUUCAAAAGUUCAACCGCACAUUUACCUGGAAUCUAAAGUCUGAUAGUCUCUUGAACUUCUCUUUAAAUUUCACUUCGAUGGGUUUGACACAGAUUCAACAAACAGACAGUUGCCCAGAUAAACGCAUUCACAUCGUGAAGGACAUUGUUGGAAGUUUGUGUCAAAAUGGAAACAUUAGACAAGUUGAUAUCCGCAAUCCUGGAAGACUGUCUUUGAACGUGUGUGGUGGUCAACUUCUGGACAAAAAAGUUAUUAUUGUAUCUGUGAGAAGCACAAUGAAUUCACUGGCUAAUAUCAUUGUUAACUUCAAUGAGAAGAGUUCUACACUGGACCUUUUUUCACCAAAACAUCCCUACGGUUUCCCUUCUAAAACAGAGAUGUUGUGGUCUUUCAAUGUUCCUCCAUCAUACUACACCAGUUUGUCUCUUUUAAGUUACACUCUUCCAACAUGUCUUAACCCUUAUGAGAUCCCUGCAAUCGUAUACACUUGGAGCGAAAAAAGGUCUCUGAUAACUGCACUACAUGAUAGUCAGCCAUCAAUGGAGCCUGGCAACUUUAAUCUCUCGAUAAGGAACUGUGAAAUAUUCCAGCAAAAUACGUCCCAGAAAUGCCUUAUGGUCCACAUUCAAAUCUCCAUCAUCAAGCAUCAAAAAUUAUUCAGGCCUCUCUGCUGGAAUGUUUUAGAUGUCUCCCAAUAUAAAACACCUGACUCAACUCACCAGCUUAUUAGUAUAUGCGUGAGAAAACAUCCAAAGUCAGCCUGUGUGUUGAAAUCAGGCUGGCUCACAAUGGACACAGUCACCAUAACUUCAGGGAGCCAUUUUGACCUAUACUUCUUUGCCUGCACCAUGAAAGACCUGGAGUUGACUGUCAUUCAAACCAUAGGUACUCACCUGCACAGUAUACGUAUCACCUCUGACAUAUUUCUUCAUGUUUUUCCAUCAACAGAAUGUAAAAGCUGGCAAAAAUGUACAAAUACCCCAUUCCCUCUAAAUUUCUCUUGCGAUCUAACGUGUAUUCAUGGAGAUUUGAAGACGAUGACCUGGCACCUUCAUGGUCCAGACAGCAGUUCAGUGGAACUUGUGUCCCCUACGGGUGGUUUGUGCUACUCUUUGCCUGGACAGAAAUGCAACAGCAACUUCCUGCUAGAUGUGUCCCAUGAUAACCUUGGCAUCACAACCGUUGGUCAGUUCUGUCCAAAGGGACCCAUUCAGAACAUCAACAUCAACAAAUCCAAGAUUGACUUAACAGUCUCUUGUACAGCCAUCGGUGAUCACUGCCAUACGAUUAACCCCAUCAUAAAUUAUUUGUUUAGAAAAGAAAUAUCAGAGCACUACAUAUUCACAGUUGAAGCGAAAAGUAAUUAUGCAGCCUUGCUGGACCCAGCAUGGCCAUCUGGAAUGACACCAUCCAGUACAGUAUCCUGGAUUGUUACGCUGGACCCGCAGUUUAAGUGCAAACUGGAGUUCAAAAAUAUCAGUCGGCCCAAGUGCAAAGAAGUGCGUACAACCAUCACCGUCCAGAGCAUUCGCUCUCAGAUGAUGCUGUACAGCACUAAGGAGGAUGGUAAGAUUAAGGAUUUGGAGGUCUCAGAAAGUUUUUCUCUCAACAUGACUAACUGCAAGUCUACAACUGGAGACUUCAGAGCAAUGAUGCAGAUAACGGUGCAGAGCAAAAGUGAGAGAAUCCUUAACCUCUUUUGUCUUUAGCUAAAUUUCUACUGUCUGUUACUGUACUGUCCCAAUUUCUUUAGGACCUUAAGUAUCACGGGAGUCCUUUUGGCCUUGACUAUAACAGCCGUCGUGGUCUGUUUUGUUAUCAGGAAAAAAAAGAGGAAUAGUGCACCCCCAGUGUCCAUCUACAAUCCUGGCGAGCAUGACAUUCUUCCAGGCCUCCGUAUUCCCAUAACACUGGAGGAUCGUCACAUCUAUGACUACAUAGACGACAAUAAAAUAUAUUCUGAUCUACGUAAACAGUGUACAGAUUCCAGGAUGGAUGAUAAGGAUCUACCACAGAGUGGGCCACCUUUGUCUGAAAGGGCCAUAAGAAAAAGUCCCACCACCAACGACCACAACAUGAUUGACAAUGAGCUCUAUGGUUAGAUUCAAGGAUAUUCAACUACAUCUGGCUCACCAAAGACUUCCAUCUAAAACCCUGAGAGAGGAAACAAUAAAAUCAGACUAAGUGUGAGGGGUUUUUUUUACUGUAAAAUGUGUUGUUUCUCACAAAGACAUACUUGGUUAUUGUAUUUUUAUGAACAGGCAGCUUGUUUAACUGAUGUAUAUUUUUAUGUCCAACACACAGGUUUGCAUCACAAGUGACACCUGCUUGCAAUCCCACAAUAUACCAAAAGCUGACUAUUUAGAAGACAUACACAUUUGUGGCAUAUUUUACAUAACCUUUCAAAAACCGCUCCUGAAAUAUUUGAUUAUGUUAGUCUCCAAAGGUCAGCUUUAUUUUAUACACACUUUAUACACAUUAAUACUCAUCAGAGCCCAGAAUUACUCAUAACUAUAGGAAAUAUGUUGUUCCAAAAAACAAAUAAAAUAAUGUUAAAAAUGUGUUAUUUGCAGCAGACAGAC